ACCACACCGCCGCAAACUCCGGCAGUCUUGCUCCGCCGCCGCUCCUCCGUCUCCAUCCGCCCGCCGAAGAGCGACCCGGGUCCCGGCUCAGCGGCACCAUGGCCAGCGUCCGCACGCUCCUUCUCGCCGCCGUAUGCUGCGCGUAUUUGUGGGUGGCUCGCGGAGAGGACGCGUCCUUCGAGACGCGCUCGCUGGAUUUCCCCAUGAAGACCCAAGAGGAGAAGGAUCUGAUUGACGCUUUGCAAGAAGUUCUCGAGAAGCUGAGGAACAAGGAGAUGCCCUCGGAGAAAAAGCUGGGCUGGCUUCCUUCGUGUGACGCGGGGGAGCAGUGCGCCGUGCGUAAAGGUGCCCGCAUCGGCACGCUGUGUGGAUGCCCGCGCGGGACGUCCUGUAACUUCUACGUGCUCAAAUGUUUGUGAAAGACCUCCGCAGUUCGGAUGAGAAGACCCCCAUUUAAGAGUUUGAUGUGACAUUAAAACACGCCAUGUCGAGUAAAGCGAGGCUUCCAUUGUCAUUUUCAGAUAAAAAAAAUAAUAAAGUCGUGCCAUUGCGGUGCGUUGUCACCAACGAGGUCUCGCAUUAAAGGAGAGAUUCAAGUUAAAGAUGGAAUUUAAAAAAAAUGUGUACAAGUUUAUGUUUGUUGA